CCAAAGCUGCAUAAUUCAAUAGGUUUGCCACCACUAGUACGCCCCCACACGUAUCAAUCACAACCCUCUUGGCCCAUACAAGAUUAGCUCGAGUAAUUUUGAUUAUUAUCUUUUAUUCAUGCUAUAAUUAUUGUUCCUUCUUCAGGGAUUAUUGAAAGCCAUAGAUACAUAGGGGCUGUUGCUUUAGAGAGCUUAGAUAAAAAGAAUAGAGACUCAGAGACAUGCUUGCUUCUCACCAACUUCCUAGGCAUUCCCUUGAAUCUAACAAGAUUGUUCACUCAUCGAUUUCCUCACAGCAGCAGACUGUUUGGUUUAUAAGCAACAAUCUCAUCCUCUUGCUUUUCUUCAGAUUGAUCUCUCUUGUUUCUAGUGAUGGGCUUGAUUGGACCCAGAACUUGUUGCAGGAGCUGCCAAAACCUCCACUGAGGCGGCAACAGCAACAAAAUCAGCAGCAGCAAUCCGAGCCAUUGAAGUGUCCAAGGUGUGAUUCUGCGAACACAAAGUUCUGUUACUACAACAACUACAACAAGUCCCAGCCUCGCCAUUUUUGCAGAACUUGUAAAAGGCACUGGACUAAGGGCGGAACUCUACGCAACGUUCCUGUUGGCGGCGGCCGCAAGAAUAAGAGGAUAAAGAAGGCGACCGCCGCGGCAUCUGCCAGCACAGCAGCCACCACCAGCAAUACCAUGGAGGCAAUUCAAGGUCAGCACCAGAGGCAGACCCUUCCUGUUCCACUUGGUGAUCAGAGAUCGUGCAUGUCUGAAAUUCUGUACCAGUCGUUGCUUCGUCCGCCCUCUUCUCUGCCGCAGAAGAAUCUGAUCAACUCUGGCAACAACAACAGCAACAUCUGUUUGGGUUCAACUCUGCCUCUUUCUGUGGACCAAAACAUACAGUUUCCCUUCUCUAGCUCGAGCUCUUUUAACACAAAUCCAUUCUCAGUUUCAGCUUCUUUCCCCUCCUCAAACGUUUAUAAUUACUCUGAAGAAAUCAAUACCAAGGAGGUCCAGGAGCCAACCAUUACCAGCAUCAUGGCCAACACAAGCAGCACUGCCACUCAGCCAUGGCAAAUACCCACAACAACCAGUGGCAUGGACAUAUCAACUUACUGGAAUUGGGAGGAUAUUGACCCCUUUGCCUCCACUGAUCUCAAUCUACCUUGGGAUGAUUCUGAAAUCAAACCAUAAAGGAGUUUAACCAUGUUAGCAGUGUCUAUAAGUAUGUAAUUUCAAUGUGGUGUUUAUGUGUGAUAAAAGUUGGUUCUCUUUCAAUGUCACAGUUUUUUUUUUUUUCGUUUAAUUCCAGGUGAUAAACUCUAUAGCCUCUCUCAAUAUGCAAGUGUUAUAGGGAGAUGUAGACUGUUUGAAGUUGUCCUUAUUAGUUUCAGCUUCAGGCUAAUUAAGGUGUCCAUCUGUAACUCUUUCUGUCCCUGUCUGUCUUUAAUUUCCUCGAUCCGAUGGAAUAGUACUAUCCUGUGAAUGUAUGACAGCUUAGUUUCCUUCUUCGCCAUAGAUCAUGUUGUUAGAAUUUUGGGUGCUUUAUGAUCAUCAGGAUGAUCAGAGUAAUGGGGUCUCCAGCAGGACUGAUCUAAUUUGAAUGAUAUUGGAUGGAUUUUAUUUGUUUGCUCA